UGUGCCCCCUUGGGUGUUUUGGGGGUUCCGGGUUGGCCUUGAAAAGCCCUGGGGGAGGGCAGAAGGCUCAGGAGGCCUGUCUAGGGCGUGGCUUCCCACGUGGUCGUCCUCUGGCCCACCCGCACCUGCGAGGCCACGCUUCUUCCGAAGCCGGCCACGACUCUCCUGCGUCUCCGGAGCCAGUCAUUCUGCCCAGCGGGACUUCAGCUGCCCCUGGACCCGUUAGUUGUGGGCUGUGACCUGUUUCCGGGAAGGAGCGAGCCGGCGAGAGAGCCGCGGCUGGCGUGGCGGGGCGUGGCGGACGGUGGACGGCCGGAGCGCCCCCCGCCCCGUCUCUGCCUCCGUGUCUCGCGCGCGCUUGCCUGGCUUCUGUAAUGAGGAAGUUUCUCCGCAGCUCAGUUUCCUUUCCCUCGCUGAACGCCUGAAACAGGAAGUCAGUCAGUUAAGCUGGUGGCAGCAGCCGAGGCCACCGAGAGGCAACAGGCGGCAGGUUGCAGUGGAGGGGCCUCCGCUCCCCUUGCUGGCGUGUGGGUCCUGGGGGUGCCAGCCGGCCGGCCCGGCCGAGGAGCCCCGCGCCCGCCAUGGUCCCCUGCUGGAACCACGGCAACAUCACCCGCUCCAAGGCGGAGGAGCUGCUCUCCAGGACGGGCAAGGACGGGAGCUUCCUCGUGCGUGCCAGCGAGUCCAUCUCCCGGGCAUACGCCCUCUGCGUGCUGUAUCGGAAUUGCGUCUACACGUACAGAAUUCUGCCCAACGAAGAUGACAAAUUCACUGUUCAGGCAUCUGAAGGCGUCCCCAUGAGGUUCUUUACCAAGCUGGACCAGCUCAUUGAGUUUUACAAGAAGGAAAACAUGGGGCUGGUGACCCAUCUGCAAUACCCAGUGCCGCUGGAGGAAGAGGACACAGGCGAUGACCCUGAGGAGGACACAGUAGAAAGUGUCCUGUCUCCACCCGAGCUGCCCCCAAGAAACAUCCCUCUGUCCGCUGGCUCCUGUGAGGCCAAGGAAGCUCCUCUUUCAAACGAGAAUCCCCGAGCGACCGAGGCCAGCCGGCCGAGCCUCUCUGAGACAUUAUUCCAGAGACUGCAAAGCAUGGACACCAGUGGUCUUCCAGAAGAGCAUCUUAAGGCCAUCCAAGAUUAUUUGAGCACUCAGCUCGUCCUGGACUCUGAAUUUGUGAAGACGGGGUCCAGCAGUCUUCCUCACCUGAAGAAACUGACCACGCUGCUCUGCAAGGAGCUCUAUGGCGAAGUUGUCCGGACCCUCCCAUCCCUGGAGUCUCUGCAGAGGUUAUUUGACCAGCAGCUGUCCCCGGGCCUCCGUCCACGUCUUCAGGCUCCAGGUGAGGCCAAUCCCAUCAACAUGGUGUCCAAGCUCAGCCAACUGACAAGCCUGUUGUCCUCUAUUGAAGACAAGGUCAAGGCCCUGCUGCACGAGGGUCCUGAGUCCCCCCACCGGCGUUCCCUCAUCCCUCCAGUCACCUUUGAGGUGAAGUCAGAGUCUCUGGGGAUUCCUCAGAAAAUGCAGCUCAAAGUCGACGUUGAGUCUGGGAAACUGAUCAUUAAGAAGUCCAAGGAUGGUUCUGAGGACAAGUUCUACAGCCACAAGAAAAUCUUACAGCUCAUUAAGUCACAGAAAUUUCUGAACAAGUUGGUAAUCUUGGUGGAAACAGAGAAGGAGAAAAUCCUGCGGAAGGAAUAUGUUUUUGCUGACUCCAAAGUAAGUGACAGCAAACUUCUAAGAUGGGCUGUGAGAAGCAUGUGGAAGGAGCCAGCUGGGGCCAUGCUGCAGGAGGGCUGGGCCCACCAGCCCGGGGGUUCGGGCACCCACUAUGUGCCUUUGACUCACUUGGUGUUGGGUUUUGCUGUUGAAGGUAACGCCCUCCCUCCCAAGAAGAUCACGUCCUGGUUUCUCUCCAAGGGGCAGGGAAAGACGCGGGACGACUCUGCUGACUACAUCCCCCAUGACAUUUAUGUGAUCGGCACCCAGGAGGACCCCCUGAGUGAGAAGGAGUGGCUGGAGAUCCUCAAACACUCCCUGCAAGAAAUCACCAGCAUGACUUUUAAAACAGUCGCCAUCCACACGCUCUGGAACAUCCGCAUCGUGGUGCUGGCCAAGCCCGAGCACGAGAACCGGAUCAGCCACAUCUGUACUGACAACGUGAAGACAGGCAUCGCAAACACGCUGGGGAACAAGGGAGCCGUGGGGGUGUCGUUCAUGUUCAAUGGAACCUCCUUGGGGUUUGUCAACAGCCAUUUGACUUCAGGAAGUGAAAAGAAACUCAGGCGAAACCAAAACUAUAUGAACAUUCUCCGGUUCCUGGCCCUGGGCGACAAGAAGCUGAGUCCCUUUAACAUCACUCACCGCUUCACGCACCUCUUCUGGCUUGGGGAUCUUAACUACCGAGUGGACCUGCCUACCUGGGAGGCAGAAACCAUCAUCCAGAAAAUCAAGCAGCAGCACUACGCAGACCUCCUGUGCCACGACCAGCUGCUCACAGAGAGGAAGGAGCAGAAGGUCUUCCUGCACUUCGAGGAGGAAGAAAUCACGUUUGCCCCCACCUACCGUUUUGAGAGAUGUACUCGGGACAAAUACGCCUACACCAAGCAGAAGGCAACAGGGAUGAAGUACAACUUGCCUUCCUGGUGCGACCGCGUCCUCUGGAAGUCUUAUCCCCUGGUGCAUGUGGUGUGUCAGUCGUAUGGCAGCACCACUGACAUCAUGACGAGUGACCACAGCCCUGUCUUUGCCACGUUUGAGGCAGGGGUCACUUCCCAGUUUGUUUCCAAGAAUGGUCCUGGCACUGUCGACAGCCAGGGGCAGAUCGAGUUUCUCAGGUGCUAUGCCACAUUGAAGACCAAGUCCCAGACCAAGUUCUACCUGGAGUUCCACUCCAGCUGCCUGGAGAGUUUUGUCAAGAGUCAGGAAGGAGAAAAUGAAGAAGGAAGUGAGGGGGAGCUGCUGGUGAAGUUUGGUGAGACCCUUCCCAAGCUGAAGCCCAUUAUCUCUGACCCUGAGUACCUGCUGGACCAGCACAUCCUCAUCAGCAUCAAGUCCUCUGACAGCGACGAAUCCUAUGGCGAGGGCUGCAUUGCCCUCCGGUUAGAGGCCACAGAAACGCAGCUGCCCAUCUACACACCUCUCACCCACCAUGGGGAGAUGACAGGCCACUUCCAGGGCGAGAUCAAGCUGCAGACCUCUCAGGGCAAGAAGAGGGAGAAGCUCUAUGACUUUGUGAAGACAGAGCGUGAUGAGGCCAGUGGGCCAAAGUCCCUGAAGAGCCUCACCAGCCACGACCCCAUGAAGCAGUGGGAACCCACCAACAGGGCCCCUCCGUGCAGUGGCUCCAGUAUCACCGAAAUCAUCAAUCCCAACUACAUGGGAGUGGGGCCUUUCGGGCCACCAGUGCCACUGCACGUGAAGCAGACCUUGUCCCCUGACCAGCAGCCCACAGCCUGGAGCUACGACCAGCCACCCAAGGACUCCCCCCUGGGGUCCUGCAGGGGAGAAGGUCCUCCCACACCUCCCUGCCAGCCACCCAUCUCACCCAAGAAGUUUUCGUCCUCAACAGCAAACCGGGGUCUCUGCCCCAGAACACAGGAGUCAAGGCCCAGUGACCUGGGGAAGAAUGCAGGGGAUGGGCUGCCUCAGGAGGACCUGCUGCUGACAAAGCCAGAGAUGUUUGAGAACCCCCUGUAUGGCUCCGUGAGUGCCUUCCCUAAGCCUGCUCCCAGGAAGGACCAGGAAUCCCCAAAAAUGCUGCGGAAGGAGCCCCCGCCCUGCCCAGAACCCGGCCUCUUGUCGCCCAGCAUUGUGCUCACCAAAGUCCAGGAGACUGAGCGCAGCGAGGGGCCAGCCAAGCAGGCGCCCGCGCCCCGGCUGCGCUCCUUCACCUGCUCGUCCUCCACUGAGGGCAGGGCGGCCAGCGGGGACAAGAGCCAAGGGAAGCCCAAGACCCCGGCCAACUCUCAGGCCCCGGUGCCAGCCAAGAGGCCCAUCAAGCCUUCCAGGUCGGAAAUGAACCAGCAGACACUGCCCACCCCGACUCCACGGCCGCCGCUGCCAGUCAAGAGCCCGGCAGUUCUGCACCUGCAGCACUCCAAGGGCCGUGACUACCGUGACAACACCGAGCUCCCGCACCACGGCAAGCACCGGCCAGAGGAGGGGCCACCGGGGCCGCUAGGCAGGACUGCCAUGCAGUGAAGCCCUCGGUGAGCUGCCGGUGAGUCGGGAGCCCAGAGGAACAGCGUGAAGCCACUGGGAACCUCUCCCGGGACCUCCUGCUGGCUCCUCCUACCCAGCUUCCUACGCAAGGCUUUGUGUUUUUCAGGAAAGGGCCUAGCUUCUGUGUGGCCCAUGGAGUUCACUGCCUGUGAGACUUGGCACCAAGUGCUGAGGCUGGAAGAGAAACGCGUGCCAGACAGGCAACAGACAGUCUGCUCUUGGUACUUGAGACUCUGGUGCCUUGUUCAGGGCGCCAUCUGAAGAAAGGAACUGCAGCACCGAUUUGAGGGUGGAGAUAUAAAUAAUAAUAAUAUUAAUAAUAAUAAUGGCCACAUGGAUGGAACACUCGCUGUGUGCCAAGAGCCGUGCUAAGUGCUUUAUGAACCUUCAUCGUAUCAGGAUGACCUCGAGAGCUGAGGCUCUAGCCAGUGAAAACCACGACCCAAACCCACCAGUUCCAAACGGAGGAGUUUGGAGAAAGCAUUAAGAAGGCCAGUGCCCUCCUGGAGCGAGACAAGGGCUUGGCCUUAGGGAGCUGAAGAGUCUGGGUAGCUUGUUUCAGGUACAAGAAGCCUGUUCUGUCCAGCUUCAGUGACGCGAGCUGCUUUAGCUAAAGCCUUGGGGGCCCUGCGUAGCUGGGUGGCAAGUAGGAUUACCUGGCUUCUCAGUUCUUUAGUUGGAAGGAGCAGGAAAUCAGCUCCUACCCUCAGCGGAGAGAUCUGACCUCAGCCUGGGCCAGGGAUGCCAGGGCCUGUGCCAGGUUCCUUGUGCCCUCCUCGAGGUGGGCAGCCACCACCAGCCACAGCGCAGCCGAGCCCCCAACACAUAUUCCAUCAUGCAGAUGGAAGAGUCUUUGCUGUUGCUCCUGAAAGCCAUGCUCUCCAGCCUGGCUGCCAGGGAGGGUGGGCCUCGUGGUUCCAGGCUCUUGAAAUAGUGUAGCCUUUUCUUCUUAGCUCUGUGGCUUUCAGCUCUGCUUCCUUGGUUAUUAGGAGAAUAGAUGGGUGAUGUCUUUCCUUGUGUUGCUUUUCAACAUCGCAGAAUUAAUGUAGGGAGCUAAACCCAGAGGCAUGUGUGGACGCAGGGGAAGGGUAUGCGCCCCACAUUCCCACGGUGGAAGCGUGCGUGACCAAUAAAUUGUGCCUUUCUCGCUCA